ACAUGUCAUUAUGUCGGCAGUAACGUUGGUCGCUAUCAAACCCUUCUCCCUUCGCUACUAUCGGUGAUAAAAAAUUUUAUCAUUAUGGUUUUGUUGAUUUCUAUCUACUAUCGAGAUUCACUCAGACCCUGGCCACUGAAACGCUCACUUCUUGAUAGUUCUGUUUUUAAAAAACCUCUUUUGGAUUUUGUAUAACGUCAUCCAGAAAAAAAGGGUUGCCUCACUUUCAGAAAAUAUCGCAUAUAAUUUAUCAAUCUUCAAAAACAAUCAUAAAGAAUGGAAUUAAUUAACAGUACUCCCAGGUGUAAAUUAUCUCAGGUGAAUGUAGUAAGCGAGGUGGUCGGCGCAUGGUAUUGUAUCAAUACGCUCAGAAAACCUAAUCCGUCGUCACUUUGUGACGAUUUUUGGACAGUAGAAAAUGUCGUCGGAGGUAGAAACCCAAUGGCAAUCAGGCACCAAUGGUAUUCGUACUUAUCAGCUACCGUCUCCGUCCCGGGAAGGUGACUCAAAAGACGGGUCCACAAGUCCAGUACAGUCUUGUGAGAAUACCGGUUCAGAGUCCAUAGCAGAGCUUGUCACGUCGGAGAUCAGGAUCAUCAAUGGAGAAACUCCCCCUGAAAUCUUAGAAAGCCCUGAAUCAGCUGCUGAGACGGCCAAAGCCGUGGAGAGCAUCAGCGGAGACGUGCGUGAGGGGGACCAAGAUCAACCCACGCCCCCACCCCCAGAACUAGAGGUUCGAUCGGAGGGAGAGGAAAGCGUCAUUUAUACCCUUCAACCGGCGGCUGUGGUGACAGAUUUACAACCCGUCACACUUGACCACGCCGGGCACCUACUGCCAAAGGAGGACGUGGACGACUUUUUCAGACAUAUGGAGCCGAUGGUUACAUCCGUUUCAGUGACCAAUUACACAACCCUAACAAACGCACCCAUGUCGUUGGCACACUCCGUGUAUCAAACUCUUAACGGCCCCUCCUCGGGUACAAACGCAGGCAGCAUGUCCCACCCGACCGUUCUGUCUGACGGUCAGUCGUACAUAAACUCCAUGACCCACCUCUAUCCUUCAUCUUCCCGCUCCCCCGGGCAGUACGGCGUCACUACAACGGAAACCGGAGGAUACUUAAACCCUCACGAAUACUCGGGAAGUCCGGGAAACGGGAAAUAUUCUCCCUAUGACAGUGUGAAUUCUGGAGGACUUCGAAGUGACAAUAUGUCGGGGAUUUCCUCCCUGUUGAGGCACAACCAUCUUCCCCCGUAUUCGGAGUUUCUGUCUCCAGAUUUGGCAGGAUUUAACCCGUACCACGGGCUCACCCAAGAAACGAGAUUACAAGAAGACCAAGACUACUUCAACAACGAGUGUCGAGAGUGUGUCAACUGCGGCGCCAUUUCAACUCCAUUAUGGCGGAGAGACGGGACUGGUCAUUAUUUGUGCAACGCUUGUGGGUUGCUCCACAAGAUGAAUCCGGGGCAGACAAGAGUACCAGUCAAACAGCCCAACCGCGAGAUUUUAACACAAAUUCUUAACGACGAACAAGCACCAGUGUGGGCCCUGGCCACACUCACGGAGCACAGUCACUCAGAAUCGCCGAUCUCCGCGGAGGAGAAGUCCCCACCGCCCAUCAAACGGAUUGACGACAACAAGUUUGACAAGAUUAGUGGAAUCAACAACAACAACCGAAGCAGGAUGGGUUUAUCGUGUGCUAAUUGCAAUACAUCGACCACAACCUUAUGGCGACGGAAUGGCGAGGGGGAGCCGGUCUGCAAUGCAUGCGGCCUGUAUUACAAACUACACCAGGUGAACCGGCCAUUAUCCAUGAAGAAAGACGGAAUCCAAACACGCAAGAGGAAACCUAAGACCCCCGGGAAAUCCAAGUCCCCAUCCAAGGACCACAUGCACAACAAUCAACCAGAGCCGUCACUGGCCCCGCCAAUGUACACCCCACCCCAGGUGACCUCCGCCUACCACACCCCACAGCAGCCAUCACAUGGACUCCUGGAUCUGUCCGUGGCGCGUUCAGAUCCCAGCGAUAACCAUUCGACAGGAAUGGACAUGAAGCCAACUGUAUCCAACUUCAGCCUUUACCAGACCCACAGUUCCGUGUUGGCAGCACUAAGCUCCCCUCCCCCAGCCUUGCUACAUGUUGGCGGUAACUCACACGGGAUUCUUCCCUCCAUUAAUCACGUGACAUCUCACAUGCAGCAAAAUGACGUCCUUCGAAUGAACUAUGACAGUGAUCUUAUACUGAAGCAGGAGCCACACAUUUUUGAACCCUCGCCACCAAAAGCGGUGCCCGUCACCGUUAAUCCAGAUGACAUCAAGCAGGAGGACCUUCAAUCAAGGUCAAACGGAAUUACCUCGCACAGCGACAUCGUCCAGUUGAAGGCGGCUUCGGUGAUUGCCGAGGAGUCCGAAAGUGAUUUCAACAGCCGGAACAUAUGUCCACCUACUGUGAGUGCCAAAUAAUACCAGGCUAAAUACGUCAUAUCCAGCGUUUCUGACGUCAGAGAUAUUUACAGAUGAAAGAAAUCCAAUGCUCGAAUAAAGCAUAAUUAUUGCAUAAAACCACAUCUACCAAUGGUGGACUAUUCUUGUUUUACUCAGACUGUUGUCAAACAUCAGGGUGUUUAAAGUUAGAAUGGAGCAAGCCCCACUGUACAUAACAAAGCAGUCGCUGCAUUGGAAUGAGUGAGUUAGGGGUAGUUUGCGCACUUUAACAAGUUGUUUUAAUACAUAUGACGAGAAUUAUUUUUACUAUAGGGUAUGAAAGUCAUAAUAACGACAUCAAACUAAGAGUAUGCUUUUGCAUGUGUAAAUCUGUUUGUUAUGUGUAGCAAUAGUUGAUUUUUUUUUAUUGUUACAAGCAUAUCAUUUGUUCUAAAUAAAAUCAACUCUGAUUUUAAUGACAUUCUAAUUAUAAACAUGAUUUUUUUUUUCAUUUCUUGCAAAUUUGAAUAAAGUCCAUAUAAAAUAUCGAAGAUCCCCCCUGCAUAUGAUGUAAUAUGUCCAUGGACUUGGAAAACAUGAUUUCACUUAUAUACAGAAAUACAAUUACAAAGUAUUAAAACCUGGGGAGUUUAUAAUGUCUCACAUUUAGGGUAAUUUCAUACAGUUGUGUACAUAUUUUAACCUGAAUAUACAUGUAUGGUGUAGAGUAGUCGGUAGUCCAUGGUAAAUCUUGCCAGUGAGUUCUGUGUCCUGAUUGUAAUGUUGAAGUGCACUUUUGACGUCAUUAAUAAACAUGUAUAUCAUAUUAAAAAAUGACAACAUUCCCGAUAAACAAACAGUCAUUAUCAUGUUAGUUUGUUAAUGCUUGUCUUGCCACUAAAUAAUGUAAUGAUAAAUGAUUUAAUUAUUGGUCAAUCACGUUUUCCCCUGAAACAUUGAUCUUAGUUUUUCUUUAAUGUUCAAUUGAUAAAGUGCCUUUGAUGAAAGUAGACAAUCUGCUAUAAUCUUGCCAAUUAUGUGUAUUUCUUGAUUAAAAACAUUCCACUGAGA